UAUGAGUUCAGGCAGGGCUUAUAAAAGGGUCUCUGGGGGAAAGACCGAAAGAAUCUUGAAGGUUCUGAGAGGUAGGAGAGUCCAUAGCUUUCCUGGCCUUCAUGACCUAAGGAUGGACCUGGUCAUUCCUACUGUUGCUGCCCCUGGCCCCGCCCUGGCUCCAGCCCUAGCUCUCACCCAACCACCAGGCCCUCAAGUACUUCCUGGCCUGUUACACCCACCACCUCUUGUCUCUUCUGGACAAGAAUUACCAGGGAUUAGAAGAGGAGCUAGUCUUUGGAGGCCCUGGACGUCCUCCGUAGAUGACCCCCCAAAGCAAGUGAGAAAGCUGGUGGAUUGGCCAGCGGGUGGCAGAGUUGCUGGAAGGGCCACGAAGGCUGCCUCUGAGUUCCAUCACCCUGUCAGGCUCUUCUGGCCUAGAUCCUGCUCCUUUGACUACCUGUACAGUGCUGGGGAGAUUUUACUGCAGAGCUUCCCUGUGCAGGCCACCAUCAACCUGUAUGAGGACUCCGACAGUGAAGAGGAAGAAGAGGAGGGGGAGGAUGAUGAGGAGAAAGAGGAGGCCAAUGAAAAGGGGUCAGAAGGGCAUGUGAAAGAGCCAGGGUCCAUGCCACACAGGAUCAUAGCUCAUCUCCCUUCCCCCAUCCCUGUCCUGUCCAAACUGAAGUAGCCACUGUCUGGACAGUUUCCAAGGGCAUUGAUUUUCCAAGAGUUUCCAGGUGCAGCUUUCUGGACUGAAAAUUCAGUCUUCAAGCUGCCCAGCUCACGUGGCCUACCCAACUGACCUGUGCGCCCAGGCCUCUAGCAUCUGAUUGUCUGGGCUGCUCUUGUGUCAACAGUGGAAGGGUCCUAGGAGCUCUAAGGGGAAGGAAGACCAGCUUUGUGAAGUCCCAAGAAAGCAGAGCAGGACGGGGUGUGACCAUGUAGAGGGCAGCAGUCCACCUCAGGGCCCUCUGAGAUCACCUCCCUCCCUCCUCCCUCUCCCCCCCCUCCCCAGCCUCCCGAAGUGGACACAUAGUUCAGUCUGCACCCGGAAAGCCCUACUUCCAGCUUCACCUCCAGGAGCAGCUACGUCAGUUCACGGCAAAGUUGGGCUGCCUUUCUCAUGGGUCUUGAGGGAAAGGAGGGGGCACCUAGAGAAUCCGCUUGCUCUGCCCCACCCCUUUCAUUUUGCUUGUUAUCUGCUAAAGUCUAUGUGUUGGCAUAAGAUGAAUCAAGAGAAAAAUAAACUGGAUGACGUUUGCCUUUUUCUUGGAAUUGUGCUGAUUUCUUAACCGAACUUUGCCCACGAUGUGAAGAGGGAGAGACCAGUUCAAGGCCAAUUUAUUGUUCUACCUGAGGUCAAUCUACAGGCUUUUCUCUGUCUGGGAUGAAGAGUUAAGGACCUAGCGCGGGGCCAGGCUGUCUCUGUCAACUUAAUCAGGCUUCAUUAAGCUUCAAGGACAGCUUUGAAAGGGAAAAAGGACCCCAGGGGCCCCUUGAAAGCUGGGAGUGGGAUUUGGAGCUUGAGGGGAAUGUGAGAAGUAAAGUCUUGUUUGAGGCUUGGAGUUGGCUGUGUAUGGAUAAGGAAGGGUUGGGGGGAGGGGGCACUGCUAAAUCCUGUUAAUUCUAUCUCCUCAGUGCCCUUUGUAUCCACCACAGCUCAGGCCUUCACAUUUAUCGCUGUCCCAAUUACUCUUCAACUAGUUUUCUUGACUGCAGCAUGUCUUUUCACAAGUUGCCUUUUACACUGGCUACCAGAUCAGACCAGGUCACGCCCUUGCCUCGCCAUCAGCUAGCUUUAUGGUUUAUUUGUUUUGGUUUUUCUGUUUGUUUAUUUUUGAGAAUCUAUAGCUUCUCUACCCAGAAAAAUCCAUGUGUGGGUACGCGCACGCACACACACACGCACAGUGCUAUGUAUUCAGAAGUCAAAUCGUUACUGUAAUAUUGUAGGCCUUCCAUUCAUCUGGUUUUUGCCUUUCUCUUUAGAAUCAUUCUUUAGCUUUUGAAAUUGAUAUCACUUGUCCUUGAAUACGGUGUGCUUUCUACUACUCUUGUGGCUUUAAACCUCUGUCUGGAAUGACUUUCCAUGUUGGCAUGCCUCAUAAAUUUCCAUUCACCCAACAAGACUAGUUCAUACCCUGUGGGAAGCCUCUCAAUGCUCCCAGGUACAGGCGGGUACCCUCACACAUCCAGUGCCCCCUCUACCAUGGCAUCUGCCUCCUUUCCUGUGCAGGAAAAUGGAGUUGUGUUUGAUAUUCCUAUACGACUUCAAAGCACAGUACAUUCUUUGCCAGGCACGAAGCACGUGCUCAGGAAAUGUUGAAAGAAAAGCAUUCUUGGUUCUCAAAACAGUUCUUGACAAAAUCCCUACUGUCCCUUCACUUGCCCACCUCCCUGUGUCUUUGCUUACCUACAAAGGGGACAGGGUCAUGUCAACUUACUGAAGAGCAAACAAUGGCUUUUUCUUUACUUCUCACAACUUGAGACAAACUGAGUCCUGAGCCCUAGCUGGGAUUUCCCACUGGAGACACAGCCUAGAACAAGCCAUCAAGCUCACCCACUGGUGCCAUCUGUUGGUCAAAAUUUAACCUUGUUCUUUAAUUAAGAGUGCUAAGCAGUUGAUCUUUGACCACUUUGAUUCCUUUAGUCCAUUCUGUUUCUGCUUGUAAGUGAAGUACUACCAUGUGCUAGAUGUAUGACCUUGGGAGAGUUACUUAUCCACUGAGCCCAUCUCCUCAGCCCUGGCACACAGUGAAAUUGCUCAAUAAAUGAUAGUAGUCACAAUAAUAGUAAUUGCGGUGGCUAUUAUAGAUUUUAUAGAAGAAAUAAGCUUAUAGGCUGGAGUCAGUAAUUAUUCACCUAAUGGCUAAUCUGUCAGCCAUCUCUACAUGCUCUCCUUGGAUGGUUUAGCAGUCAAAGUGUCUUUACAAUAUCUGUCUCCAUGAAAAACAAAAGAAAUUGAAAAUACCAAUAACAGAGGCCUAGUAUG